GGAUGCUCAUACCUUAGUUAUUGAAAGCGAAAUGGAAAAUUGUUUCACUGAGAUGUUUAGGAUUUCGGUCGUCUUUAUUUAGUUUAGCUGCAGCAGUAGGUGAAAUGCCAAUUCACUGCACGCAAGAACUACAGGAAAGCAAUCCAAUGUCUUGGUUGCCACAACCACAGUCCUCUCGUUCCCAGGUUUCUGCUGAAUGGCAGCAAACAGUGCCGGCGUUUAUGCCAUGGACGCACGUAAACGCUGAAGCAGUGCCAUUCCCAGCUGUAGAGGGCUGCACGCCCUCUGUUCCGUGUCAGCAGUUUGGGCGGGAAAGCCAACCAGUGUUGUGCCGCUCCAAACUCGACAAUGUGUUCGGCAUUCCAGGCGUAGUGUCGACUCAGCCGAUUAAUCAUAACGCAAGCAGACACCUGACUACUGCAUCACUGAUUCAGUGCUGCCCGCUUCCUACUCGGCAAGAACAGUUUCGUAGUGAAGGCGAGCCACCACCACCAACAGUUGUGCCCGGCCCUGUUCAUCUAAGCACAGUCAUCUCUGAACCACGCGCAGAUCUCGUGCAACGAGUGCCGACAAUGAGUGGCCCGUGGUCAAGCUUACUAGCACCCUCCUACACGGACAGUACAUCGUCGCUGUCGACGAAUCCUGAGGGCGUGUACACGACAGCGUGGCAUCAACACGAGAGCAUGGUAACUGCAUCAAGUGGCAGCCACGAGGUGACGCCACCGUUCAUGGCGACGCACGCAAGUCGUCCCGCUGCAAGCUCCAUUGAGAUUGAUCAUCAACUGAGCCAGGACGCACCAGUGUCGUCGCGGUGCGCUUCACCGCCCUACAUGCACGGCGGGUAUCAUGUGGGAAGCAGUGGCCGGUUCGUCUACAAUAAAGACUGGUGGAAGGACAUUCCAUCAUGCAGCUAUUCUCCAAGAAAACAGAAACGGAAAAAAAAUGAUGACAACUUCUUUGUUGGAAAUUCUGAUGGUCCACCAAGAAAGGUACUAGUCAACGAGGAGCGAAUGGCUUCACGCAUGCAGCAGAUGCACAUAGACAGCUCAUCAUUCUCGUCUUCUCUCUCGUGCGGCCAUGCUGCGUAUCCCAACAAGAUGUCUGGCAAGGAUAUCCUCGAUGAGAUUAAUGAGAGAUUGGUUUUAACUAGUGACGAGGAAGAGGAUGAUGUGGAAAAAGCUGCAGGUCUGAAGUUGAAGCUUUCUGAACAGUUGAAAAAGACACUUGCCGUGCAGGAACCGAUCAUACCGAGGAAAUUACUUGAUAGAGUGAAAAGACCACAUGAUUCAAUGCAAUUGGUGUUGUGGCAGCCUAACAACGUGGUAAAUCUAAAGACAUCUUCCAGUCCUACCGUACAGAAUGGAUAUGACAGGGAGCUUUCAAGUCAGAAUGAGAAAAGCCAGCCACCGCAAGGUGCUGUUUCUAGUCUUGCUGAUGAUUCGCUUGCCAGCAUGGAGACAUGGAUGCAUGAAGUAGAUGCCCAAUCUCACACUGCCGGGGAAUUGGAGUCACAGCCCCCGCCGGGAUUCAUAAAUUCACUUGCAGAGAUGCAGCCAGCGUUGUUGGACCCAGCAACUCAAGCCCAGCUUGCAUUCCAAUUGUCGCCGGAAGCAACCAACAAUAACACACUACCUCUGGCACAUACAUUGUGUCUCAUGCCAGCAUUGUCCGUGCCUGUCCAACCUCCACUGCCGGCCGUACAAACAGAUGCUGAUGAUGAAAUGGAGUUGUGACGCACAUGGAUGUGAAUGGCCAACGGUGUUGUAAAAAUGUGAAUGAAGCCACACCUAGGACGAAUUUGCAGAAUGAGAGCUAAGCAGUGCUGCAGUUUGCUUCAUAUAAUAAUCGGAUGCAUGUGGGCUGUGGAGCAAGUAGCCGCAAUAUGGACAUGAGAUAAAUUUCACAAUAAUAAAGCUAAAGUGCUAAGCAGCCUAGUUGCACUUCAUCUCUUUUACAUAAUCUCGUAAUAAUAAAUCUUUCAUAUUUAAUCGUGUGUAUUGUAUAUACUUGUAAAAACAUCAAAUAUAUAGCUAAAAGUUUCUGUGGUCGUGGAAAUGUUUGUGCGAGUUUUUAGACUAUAGAUGGCGCCAUGAGAUAAUAUCGGUUAUCAAUGCCAAUGUUGGCAGCAGUGGGCUGUUGGACCCCUUGGACCCUGUUGGAAAGUUUUCGUAAUUUGUAGUAAUUACUUGUAAUGUGACGUAGAACACGUAGUUGUUUUACAUAUGUAUAUGCACAGGUUCAGUUGUAAAUUUAAGUGGGUAUAACUCUUCUAUUCUAGGAAGCCGUACUUGUUAUUGCCUGCCUACCCAUUUUGUCACCUGCAAGUCUGGUCUUGGAUUUCAAAAAAUGCUAUCAGCAAAAACAUCUGGAAUAAAACUAUACCACGAAAGAAA